AUGACAGAAACAAGAAUUACAACACCACCUCCGCCAACAAUAACAACAAAGAAAACAACUUUAGGGCAAUUAUGCGAACAAUCCCUGCUUAGAUACUCUAUCAAACCACAGUCACUCCCUAACGGUUUAAAGAGUAUUCUAGAUGAUAAUGACUCUGAUAUUUUGCUACACAGACUAUCAAAGAAUAUGUUCAAAAGCGACAUCACAUUUCAGCAAUGGAGUGAUGCAUUUGAAGAGAUAUGUGCGAUGCAUCAUGUAGAGGAAGAAUUAAAGAGUUGGGUCAUUCUCAUCUAUAAGGCAUUUCCACCAAGAAUGCUCGAUCGUACAUGGACUGUAACUGAUACAGUAUAUCAAUGGAAUGACUUUAAAUAUCAAUUAGAGAUAAAUUGGGACAAACAGAAUCAAAAUGACGAGCAAAAGAUCGACGCAGUCAAUGACCUGUUGAAUAACUUAAAAUCUUAUAGACAAACAAAGCAAGAUCUCCCACCACAACAACAACAACAACAACAACAACAACAACAACAACAACCACCACAUUCAUCAUCAUCAUCAACGACGACAACGACAAACAAUAUACAAAAUGAAGUAACCAACCAAAAACAAGAUAACCAUACUACGACUGCUUCAACCGAAAAUGAUUUCAACAAUGACAUCGAAUCUGGUGAUAACACACCAUGCAGAACCCUAUUUGUUAGAAAUAUAUUAAUUGGAUCUGAUGAAGAGGAGGUUGUAUCAAUCUUUGAGCAAUAUGGUGAGAUUAGAAGAAAAUUCUCCCAAAUCUCAAGAGGUAUUUGUUUUAUUGCCUAUUAUGAUAUCAGAGAUGCAGAAACCGCAAAGAUCAAAGCAGAAGGCCUAAAAAUUAGAAACAGACCAAUCCAUAUAAGCUUUUCUAAAAGCUCGCCUGAAAUAUCGAGCAUCAUUCUUGUAAGAAAUGGUGAUAUAUCUCUUAGUAAAUUGAAAUCACAUUUUAAUCGUUACGGUGAGCUAAAAGAAAUUUCAAAAAAUGCAAACAAUCAAUAUAUGGUUGAUUUCUACGAUGUUAGAGAUUGCGAAGCUGCAUUUAAAUUAUCAAGAGAAAAGAAAAUAGAUGGUCAAUAUCUUGACCUUGUUAAAUGGGAGCCAUUCAAUGACAAACAUAGUUACAACGAUAAAGAUUCAACCAGGCCAUCUCGACGAUCAUUGUCGCCAUCACGUGGUGGUAAAUCCGGUUACAGGGAUAGAUCACCCGAAAGAAAUGAUCAAAGAGAUAGAAAAAGAAAAAAUGAGGACUCGUCUCCCCUAAGAUCUCGCUCUCCUAUACGCUUCCCUUUGCGACCAAAGAAAAAGGCUAAAGACAAAUAUACGGAAGAAAUUCGUUCUUUGGAUCCAUCUAUCCUUUGGUUUCGCGAAAAGUAUAAAAUAUGUGUAAAGUGUGGUAUCUAUGGACACAACUACAAGGCUUGCACUAACCAAUUGGCCAGAGAAAAGAUUAAAGUCGAAAGAUGGGUCAUAGAAGAGAGAAACAAAGAGAUAUUUGGCCACAAAUACCUGCCUCCACAAGUUCGAAUCAAAGACACUCGCAAGAGUCCAAGUCCUACCCGUGAUCGAUCGAAUCGCAGGUCAAGUAUGACCCGUGAUUCGAGUCCAAUUAGAGAAUCAAGGGGAAGAAGCCCCACUCGUCGUAUGAGCCCAGAGAGAGAAAGAAGAAUGAAUCGAGGAGGCUCAAAUAGAGGAAUGAGUCCGUCUAGAUCAUCAUACAGGAACCGGUCAAGUAUGGACCGUCGUUCUAGAAGUAUGGACCGUCGUUCUAGAAGUAUGGAAAGAGGUAGAAAUGUGGAUCGCGGACAAAGCCCUAGAAAAUACAACGAUAGGGAAACUGGAUAUCACGGAAACAGACGACAAGACACAAAUAGUUCUAUGGAAAAUGUAGACUCUAGGCUAAAUUAUCAACAACCACCACCACCACAACUACAAGAUCGACAACAUCAGCAACAACAACCACAACAUCAACAACAACUACAUCAGCAUCAACAAUUUCAACAACAACCACAACAGCAAUUUCAACAACAACCACAACAACAAUUUCAACCACAACCACAACAACAAUUUCAACAGCAACCACAACAACAACAAUUACAACAUCAACAACAAUAUCAAUACCAACAACAUCAAGGACAACAACCGUCAUCGGAUAUGCGCUACAUUUCAAACACAUCUCCACCCAACAAUCAAUACUCACUACACUACAAUGAAAAUAAUAAUUUAAGCAAUAAUAAUAAUAUUAAUAACCAUAAUAAUCAUAAUAUUCAUAAUAAUAAUAAUAGUAAUGGUUCACAAAGUCAUACACUGACAUCACCCCCACCCCAUCAAUAUACAUACUCUUAUCCUUCCAAUCAUUCCUAUGGACCACCAACGAAUCAAUAUACACCUCCACCAUAUAACCCAUAUCAAACUCCUCCUCAAUCAUUUGGGGGUCCUCCAGUUAGCCAAUAUCAACCUCCCCAACAACAACAACAACAACAACCAGUUUCAACGCCACCACAACAUACAUCCCAGUAUUAUACCAACCAACCGCCACAACAAGGAGUAAUCUAUGAAACACCAAUGUAUGGCCAACAACAACAACAACAACCGCCACAACAACCACAACAACAAUCACACCAACGACAGCAACCACACCAACAACAACAACACCAACAAUCACAGUCUAAUCCAAACAACUACUAUCCCUGA